AUGGUGGGCUCAGAUGCCCUCGUCGCAUGGGUCGCACAGUCUGACGCCCGCGCGUAUGCGACGGAUCGCUUCAUUUUCAACAAGACUACCGAAGGAAUCGCACUUGACGACAAGCAGGACUGGCACGUGCUGGGCGGCAGCCAGACCACGAACCAAUCCACGGGCGACACGUGGACUACCGUGCACGUGUGGCGCCAGCUGGACACGGGCGAUUGCAACGACCGCCCGAUUGUUCCUGGGAAGCUUCACAACAUCAUCUGGGCGAUGGGCCCCACGACUGACGUCAGCUAUCACAGCUCCGACCGCGGUUCUUCCGCCCUCGUGCUCGCGUCUGCUCCCGGCCCCUCCAUCAUCGCGCCCGCGCCUCCCCCCUCCCCCUCCGCGUCCGCCUCCGCGUCCGCUGCGUCUGAUUCUCUUGAAGCGGUUGGGCGGUUGGCUGCGCAGCAGCAGGCAGGGAAGCAGCCAGCGCAGCAGGCGCAGCAGCAGCAGGAGAGCAUGCUCAAUUUCACGUUCACGAAUUACCGUUUGCCAACGGACUUCACGACCUAUCGCUGCAAGGUGGUGGACGUUGCUCUCAAGACCAAGACUCAUGCGGUUGAGUGGGGUGCCGUGCUCAACUCUACCGACAUCUCAGCCGUCCAUCAUGCCAUCAUCUACGGCUGCAAACCCAAGGAGUACGGCAAUCUCAAGGGCGCAGGGGCCACCUUUGACUGCCUGCACGACACGCCAUGCGCCACCACUGUCGCCGUGUGGGCUGUGGGCGGCAGACCCUUCACCUUCCCGCCCAAUGUCGGCUACCCCAUCGGCUCCGGCUACUUCACCAAGUUCGUGCUGCAGGUGCAUUUCACCAAUCCCAAGGGCCGCGCAGAUCUGAUUGACAACUCGGGGAUAUACCUGAAACUCGCCCCAUCUCUCCGUUCCAUGGACGCGUCCAUCAUGCUCACGGGGCCUGUCCCAUACGAGUACCUGAUCAGAAUCCCCCCCGCCAUGCCCUCGUGGACGCAAGUCAGCACGUGCCCGGGCGAGUGCACUGCCAAGGUGUUCGGGAAUGAGAGCGUGAAGAUCAUUGGGUCGUUCCUGCACCUGCACACGCUGGGGCGACAGAACGAGAGCGUGAAGAUCGUUGGGUCCUUUCUGCACCUGCACACGCUGGGGCGACAGUUAUACACGGAUGUGUUCAGAAAAGGCAGCAAAGUCGCCACCAUCAGCCGUCAGGACUACUACCAUCGCAGCGACUUCAUAUCGCAGCAGACCAUUCCCUCCGUGCCUGAGCUCGUUCUGCUCUCUGGAGACGAGCUGACUAGAGCCUUCCCUCCCCUCCCCUCUCGCGACUUUGCAUCACAGCAGACAAUCCCGUUCACGCCCGAGUUUGAGCUGCUGCCAGGGGAUGAGCUGCGCACCUCCUGUGUCUGGGACUCCUCUGACCGCACCAACGUGACGGUGGGAGGGCCGUCAACGGAGGAGGAGAUGUGCAUUGACUACCUCAUCUACUACCCUGCACGCCAGGGCCAAGAGAUGGACGCAUGCUACGACUUCUGUGCGUCGUACGACAAUGACACACUCGGGUUGAACCCCAACAGCCCUACGCUCUCCAAGUUCUACGUGUGUGGGCCCAACUUCAUCCCCACGUACCAGCCCUGCAAGAUCACCUUCGGCUCCAACACGCCCAAGAAAGUCGUCAACGGCUGCCCUGCAGACCCUGCAAGAUUGUAUUCGGCUCCAACACACCGCUCGCAGUCCUCUCACACCUCUGCCCUUCCCUUCUUCCCUUUCCUCACCUCUUCCCUUCCCCCCGCCCCUUUCUUUCCCUUCCCCCCGCCCCUUUCUUUCCCUUCCCCCCACCCCUUUCUUUCCCUUCCCCCCACCCCUUUCCUUCCCUUCCCCCCACCCCUUUCCUUCCCUUCCACCAACCUCUCUUCUUCCACCUCCCACACCCCUCCCCUGUAUCCACCCACGCAUCUCCUCACAGGCAUUCCUUCUGACACUGCCCCUGCACCACUGCAACCCGCCGUGCCACCACUUGCCACCGCACUACCUCGUCGCACACCACACUUAGUCGUCUCCCUCGUCUCCCACCUCCCCCCUCUGCUCCCUGACUACUCCCUCCCCUGCAUCCACAGGAGCCACGCAUCACUGGCAGACAUCUUCUCUCACACCAUCUCUGCACCGCUCUCCGCCAACGCACCAUCUGACAUAAAACCUCUCCCACCCCUUCCCGUCAACCCUUGGCAGGAGCCAUGCAUCGCUGGCAGACAUCCCCUCUGA